AUGAAGGUGCACCAGGACAGCAUCUCGUCUCAGCUGGCCGUGUUGGCAAAGCAAGGGAAGUCAGUGUGCCGCCUAAAGGGAGGAGAUCCCAUGAUCUUCGGCCGAGCAGGCGAGGAAAUGGAGGAGCUGGCAGCAGCUGGAGUUCCUUACGAGGUUGUGCCAGCCGUGACUGCUUGCUUAGCAGCAGGUGCUGAUGCCCGUGUGCCGUUGACGUAUCGUAACUGUGCGACUUCACUUCGGGUUCAGACGAUGAAUCCGUCCACCAUCAAAGACGAGCAGUUCGACUGGUCGCAAUUUGCAGCUCCCAGCGCAACCUUCGCCCUCUACAUGGGGCUCAGUGUGGUGGAGAGUGUCACGCAGAAAAUGAUGGCGGCCGGGGUUUCUGCCGAAACACCUAUGGCGCUCGUGGAUAGAGCCUCGCUUCCGGAGAUGCAGGUUGUAGCGGGCACUGUGGCCACUCUUGCCGCCGCAGUCAAAGAUCGCAAAGACCUGCCAGGACCAGCUUUGAUCCUGAUGGGUGAGGUCGUGGGCAUGCGAGACCGGGUUGCAGGCAGUCUGCCGCCUGCCAGCAGCUCUACGCAGCCUGCUCUGGCUCUUCUACGUUCAAAACUGCCGGAAUUAGGCGAUGACGAGCUGAGGCAACUCCAACAGCAAGCUGGCGACUUGCUGGCCGCUCGAGCGAAGCGCAAGCUUGAGCAGGCCGGCUAUGCCGCGUGA